UUUUUUUGUGCCAAAAUGUCGAAUCAACAGCAGCAGCAACAGCAGCAGCAGCAGCCGCGACAGCAUCCACAACCACAUCCACAUCAUCAUCAUCAUCAUCUGCAUCAUCAUCAUCAACAGCAGCCUGGACAGCACAGCGAAUUCCCCCUGCCGGAGGGCUGGGACAUUGCCAGGGAUUUUGACGGCAAGACCUACUACAUAGAUCAUAUCAACAAAAAGACCACAUGGCUGGAUCCCAGAGAUCGCUACACAAAACCGCAAUCUUUUGAGGAUUGUGUGGGCGAUGAGCUGCCCGUGGGCUGGGAGGAGGCGUACGACUCGAAUAUUGGACGCUACUAUAUCAACCACAUAGCGCAGAGCACACAGCUGGAGGAUCCACGCCAGGAGUGGAAGAGCGUACAGGAGCAAAUGCUCAGCGACUACUUGUCCGCGGCACAGGAUCAACUGGAGAACAAACGCGAGAUGUACGAUGUCAAACAGCAGCGUCUCAAUCUUGCCCAAGAGGAAUACAAUCACCUUAACAAACUGGCGGCCAGUCGCAGCAGCUUAUGCUCGUCGUCUAGCUCUAUGAGCCGACACGAUCCGGAACUGUUGCGUGCCGAUCUGAUGCUGGCGCGUGAGCGCGUGCGUCAACUGAAACAGGAGCUGACUCACAUUACCAAUGAUAUAUCCUACACGGAGCGGGGCAUGAACACGCUCUAUUCCGUGGGCGAGAAGAUCAAUGCGCGCAAGAACGGCUGCUACGACAUUGCCGAGGUUCAAGCGAUACGCGAGGAGAUGCUCAAGGUGCACAAGUCCCUUGUCUCCGGCGAGAAGGUGCGCGAGGAACUGAUGCGCAGUCUGGUGCAGAUCAAGAACGAGCUGAGCCGCCAGCAAAUCAAUGAGGAGAAUGCCGAGCUAAUGAGUGCCGCCUCACCCUUUGAUCGCGUAUGCGUGGCCAGCCAAACGGACCUGUGCGGCGCCGGGGAGCAUCUGAAUGGCGGAGCACGCUUCGCGGAGAUGGCCAAGACGAAGCUACAAUAUGCAGAGUGGCGCAAGCACAUCAAGAAACUGCAACAGCAGCUGGCGGAUCAUGUGGAGCGCAUUGAGCCGGGUCAACUUGAGUCGGACAAGGAUCGCAUUCUGCUUAUACAGGAGAAGGAGAAGCUGCUCAACGACCUAAACAGCAUUUCGCUAAAGUCGCGCAGCGCCGAGGAGAAACAGGUCAUACAACAGACGCGCCACAAGCUGGAGGAGGAUCUGAAGGAGGCGUACGAGGCGACCAACACAUGCAUAGCGAAUCGUCUGCGCUUCCACGAGGAGAAACAACUGUUGCUGGACAAGCUGCAAGAGGCCCUGAAGUCCACCAAACUGCUAGAGGAGCGCCUCAAGUCAUUCUCCUCGGAGAGCACCUUCUCCAUAAGCAGCGGCAGCAGCCUGGGAUCCCUCUCUACUGCGAGCAGUAAGAGCGCGCUCAGCUUUACGGACAUUUACAUAGAUCCCUUUGCCGUGGGCGAAUCGCCCAUUGAUGUGGUGGAUCUGCAACGACGCUCGCAGCGCCUAUUCCAGCAGCAUCAGCGACUGCCACCCGUGCACCCAGCCCUGCAGCAGCAGCAACAGACGCAGCCGUUGGCAUCCUCGGAGGUCUCACUGUCGCCGCGCAGUAGCCUCUCAAUGGAAACGCCGCCUGCCUCGCCCAUGAAAUACAAUGCGGUUGCCGAUCAGCCGCAGGCACAGGCCAAGCUCAAAGAGGAGCCAACAUAUGCCAAUGCGUUGCCCGCUCUGCCCACGAUACCCGCGCCGCCCGCCUACGCAGCUCCACCUGCCAUCCCGUUGGCAUUGGCUGCUGUGCGUGCUCAUCCUUAUGACCUGGACUCCACAGUGCUGGACUGCAUGAUGCUAGAGGCAAAACUACAAAAGCUGAACCUCGGCUCACCGCUCAAUCUGAACGGUCCGCUAUCGCCCAUCUCAGAGAAGCCCUCUCUGCUAGAUCUGCCACAAGAGAUGCUGAGUCGUUCCUCUUCCACCUCGAAUACGCGUUCCGUUUCGGCAGCUGUAAGCAAUGAGUCUGUUGCCGGUGAUUCUGGCGUCUUUGAGGCAUCCCGUGCGCACUUGCCGCGUAAGGAACUGGCCCAGGUGCAGAUUGGACUGAAAUAUCUGAAGCAGGAAGGUGUACUUGUCGUGUCUCUAGAGCGUGCCAAUAAUUUGUCAGCUCUAUGGACAGCCACCACGGACAACUCGCAAGUUUAUUUGCGCGCCGCUUUGCUGCCCAAUUCGCUGACCUCCAUACGCACCAAGGCGCUAAGUGACUUCCAGAAGCCCGUCUUCAAUGACACCUUCGCGGUGCCCAUCUCGUUGGACAAGCUGCUGACCAAGAGCCUGCAGGUGACCGUGGUCAGCAUGACUGGACAAAAGGAGGAGAUAAUUGGCACUGUGCAGAUAAGCAUGGCCGAGUUCAAUCCGGAAGAUUCCACGCUCAAAUGGUACAAUGUGCUCAGUUCCAAGUUUAUACCGAGCUUUGAAUCAUUGGAUUUGCCCUCCACUAGCGCAGCGGCAGCAGCUGCCGCUGUUGCCGCCAGCAACAGCAACAACAAUAACAGCAACACCAACAAUCGCGAAGAAUCCUCGGAUGAAUCCACAAUAACAUCAUCGCAAACCUCAACGCUAACGCGCAACCAGGCGCCGCCUUUGGAGCUGCAGGCGCAAAUAGCCGAGGAGCUGCCCGAACAUGUCCGCCACAAUGAGCAGCAGUGCAGCGACGAUGAUGACGACGACGAUGAGGAGGAGGAUGAACAGCAGCUGGUCGGCACACUCGGCCUGACGCACUCUGGUUGCAUGCUGGACGCCUACCUGGAGAACAUGAAGCAGGAGUAUGCCGAUAAGGAAACUAACACCGAUUGCGCCUUUCCACCAGAAAAGCUACGCAGCCAAUCGCAGCUGCUGGACGACAGGCCCGUGAAGCGUUCGCAAACGUUUACGCCCUCGGCGGCAGUCAGCAAGAAUCGUUAUAAUUGUCGGCUCAAUCGCAGCGACUCGGACUCGGCCAUGCACUUUGGCGUAACGCCACAUACCUUCCAUCGCGGCGCCGUGGAGCGGCGUUCGCUGCGCUUCCAACCCAAAGCGACCAAGUCAGUUACAAAACUGCAUCAUAAUCACAUACCACGCACUAGCUUGGACUUGGAGUUGGAUCUACAGGCACAGCACAGCAAGCUUUUCUUUCUCAACGAUCAAAUCUCCAAGCUUCAGAACCUCAAGGAAGUUCUUCAGAAGGCGUGCGAUAACAAGGAUCCUUUGAUUGCGGCCUGGGCCAUUGAGAACGAAGAGUUCCAGCGUCUGGUUGCACGUGCCGAUCCCGCCAAGUUCCCCGAGGAGCGACUGUUGCAGAAACUGCUGAUGAAGACCACCAAAGAAAUACACAAGCUACGCAAGACCAAGGUGCCCAAAGGCGCCCCCGAUUUGGUCUCCUUUAAAGAGAAAAUCUCCUUCUUUACACGCAAGGGCAUGUCCGUGCCCGAGCUGCCCAUCGAAUUCAUGCAUCCCGAUGCGGAUGCCAUCGAGGAAGAGGAAGAGGACGACAAUGAUGAUGAGGAGGACAAUGUGGUUGAAACAGCCAUUGCCAUUAACACGGCUCUGGUGGCCAGCAGCAAUAGAAAUAAGAAUCUCAGUGAGCAUCACCAUCGAUCAACAGACGGCGCAUUGUCCAAACUGGCUGCCACCCUCACCCCAGCCAUUAACCCAGCCCCUGUUUCUGCACCCAUCCCUGUGGCCGUCUCCGUUCCCGUAGCAGCUCCACUGGCCGAUGAGGCCAAGCCAGAGCAGCAACGCUACGACUAUGUCGUCGACCGCAACUACGGCGUGGAGGUGUAGUUCCCGCUACCUGCUGGACGACGCCCCUUCCCACCUGAGCUGUAUAAUUUUGUAAUUAUUUUUAUUUUUGGUAUUUAUUUGCAUUAGGCGAAAAGUAUUUAUAUGUGUAUAAAAGAGAAACUAGAUGAAACUGAUGUAACAAAUAUCUGUGCCUUAUAGAAAAAGAGUUGGAGCAGACCAACAGCAGCAGCAACAACAACAACAACAACAGCAACACGAAAUAUGCAAGAAAUGAUAUAAUUAUUUGUAACUGCAUAGAACUAACUAGCCCUAAAUGCAUAAAUUGUAGUACUAGUAUAGACCCAUAGUCAGUUUGUACUAAUUGACCCUGCCCAAUCCCCAAAAAAUUAACCCUGUACGAAAAGAG